AUGAAGUUCUCCGCCGCUCUCGUCCUCGUCCCCCUCGUCGCUGCUGGCGAGAUCAUCGUCGCCCGUCAGGACAACCAGAACGGUGCCGAGUCUGUCGGCUCCAAGGUCGGUAACGGCGCCGAGGGCGCCUGGAACACUGCCACCUCUGGCGCCGGCGGCGUCUGGGGCACUGUUACCUCUGGCGCCGAGGGCGUCUUCGGCACUGUCACCUCUGGCGGCGCCGGCGCUUGGGAGACCGCCACCUCGGGUGCCAAGGGCGCUUGGGACGGCCUCACCUCGGGCGUCAAGGGCGGAUGGGACGGCCUCACCUCUGGUGUUGCCGGUGGUGGCGAGAAGGCUACCAGCGCCGCCGGUAGCGCGGGUAACGCGGCUGCCAGCGGUGUCAAGGAUGCCGGAGCCGCGGCCCACAACUCGGUCGCUAUGGGCGCCGCCGUCGCCGGUGUUGCUGCCGGUAUGGCCGCUGUCUUCCUCUAA